AUGGCCAACCAAUCCACUGUGACAGAUUUCCUUCUGAUGGGAUUUUCUGAUGAUCGUGGUAUGCAAAUUCUGUAUUUUGUGGUGUUUCUUGCCAUUUACUUAAUAACCUUAAUUGGAAAUCUCCUUCUUGUAGUUGCUGUGAUCCUAAAUCAUCACCUUCAUACUCCCAUGUAUUUCUUUUUGGUCAAUUUGUCAUUCUUUGAUGUUUGCUUCAUCUCAACGAUGAUUCCUAAAGCCAUGGCCACAUCUUUGACAAACAACAAAAUGAUUUCUUAUGUUGGAUGUGCUGCUCAGGUCUUCUCAGUUUUGACCUUUGCAGGUUCUGAACUUGCCUUGCUCACCAUCAUGGCUUAUGACCAUUAUGUGGCCAUCUGCCAUCCCCUGCGAUACAGUCUCAUCCUGAACUGGAAUGCUUGUAUGGAAAUGGCAGCUGCUUCCUGGUUCACCUGUAUGAUGCAUGCAUUGCUACAAACUGUAAUCAUAUUUCAAUGGAAAUUCUGCAGGUCAUAUAGGAUUCAGCAAUUUUUCUGUGACAUCCCUCACUUACAGAAGAUUUCCUGUACUAAUACCAGAAUUACUCAAAUACUGAUUUUGGUUGUAGGGAUUAUUGCAGACUCAUUUUGUAGUGGGUUCAUUUUUAUUUCCUGUGGCUACAUCCUCUCUGCUGUGCUAAAAAUCCCUUCAGUUCAAGGCAGAUAUAAAGUUUUCUCAACAUGUACUCCCCACAUGAUGGUUUUUUCUUUAUUUUUGAGCUCUGCUAUGUUUGCCUAUAUGAGGCCCCAAAGUCUUUCCUCCCCUACUUUGGACUUGCUCUCUGCUGUUCUCUGCACAGUUUUGCCCCCACUACUCAAUCCCCUCAUUUAUAGCUUCAGGAACAAGGACAUCCAAGAGGCUAUGUGGAGAAUGCUAAAAAAAUACUCUUUUCCAUCUUUAUUCAAAUCAAUCAAAUCCAAUAGUAGUCAAACAAACUCAGAUUGA